AAGAAAGUACCACGAACAGUUGUUUUGCAACAGCAUGCAAGGUCAAUAAAGUGCUCAAAAUCCAACAAGUUCGGUCUUUAGUUUGGUUUGUUCCUUCUUCAUAAGUCGGUGUAGAGGAAAGAUGUCACAAUGUUGAAGGAGCUGGCAGACGUCAUCAUUUGUCGGCCUUGCCUUUUGCAGAGGCAGCUUUAUCAGUCUCAGUUCAUUUUUCUCAGGAAGAAACAUUUCAAUAAGUCCAGCACUCAUUACGAUGUCUUGGGCGUAAAAAAUGAUGCUUCUGCAGAAGAAAUAAGGCAUGCCUUUGUAAACCUUUCCAAAGUACACCAUCCUGAUAAGACGGACGAUGAAGACACGUCCAAAUUUGUCAGGAUCCACAAAGCUUACACAAUCCUUAGUAAGAUGCCUUCCAGGCGGGAGUAUGACUUCACUUUGAAUGAAGUACUGCGACGGCGGAUGAUGAUGCAGUCCAUGAUGAAUAGCCAUCAUCAUGGCAGUCAGCCUACACCAGGCAGUGGUGCUGCUAGUUCCUCGGAUGACAACCCCCAAGUCUUCUGGGAUGAAUCGAUCUACAGCAUGCGUGAUAAGAGCAAAGACAGAAUGCACCAAAAUGCUUCCUAUUACGGCUUCAGAGGAUUUCAGAAGCAGCCCAAUAGCUAUAUUGUUCUUGGCUGCUGCCUCAUUAUCAUAUUCGGAGCUGCUGUACAUUUAUUAGUUAUCAAUACUUCUAGUCAGAAAACCAGGAAAAAGUUGGAUGCAAGGGAUAAGAUGCUUCAUGGAAUGUACAAGGAAUCAAAACAAAAAGCAAUAGACCAUGGCAAUGCACUUCAACUGCAACUGCUAACGUCCAGGGUAGCGCAGAAUAAGAAAUUGACAGGAGCCAGUAAGGGUGCCGAUUGACGCAAACUUCCAUAUUAGUGAGGAGGACACUUAUCUACAUGGCUUUUUAUCGAACUGUGAUAUUGCUUAUAGACUUUGCGUUGUGAUACGAGACUUUCUGUAAAGACUAUUGGAAGUAAUGAACCUCAGAUACGAAAGUGAAUGUUCGCUGGACUGUAAAAAACAGGAUAGGACUAUGACCAUAGGAGUGGCUCGUGUUUAUGAAAUUUGGAACUUAUAGAUAUCUGCAACAAGUUUCCGUUUGAAAAGUGAAAGUUUACUUGACAUUGCCCAAGGUGGCUCUGAGAUGAUAUGAUGUAUUCAAGUGUUUGAGACUUCUGAACAUGCUACCAGUCCAAAUACUAUUUGUUUUUGUAAUUGAAUAGAUAUAUUUUACCGAGUAGAAAUCCCUCUGUUAAGCUUUGUGAUUGAGCGUCAUCAGGGCUCAGUUAACCCCUGACAAGUUCCAAAAAAGAGGUCAUGACUGCCAAAAGGUUCUUUGGCUAACCUCAACCAAAACCCUUCCUCAAAGCAUGCGUUGGGGACUCUGCAAUCAAGUUGUAGAAGGCAACCACAACUGCUCUUGCCACUGUGUCCAAAGAAGAAUACAGAGACGAGAUG